AUGAAUACAUUUCGCAGUUGGAUAUUUGCUGGCAAUGUCAAGCGGUGUGUUGCCAGAGGGGUGGGGGAAGAAGUCGCUUUCAAGAACCGCAAGCUUGUCAAGAUGCCUUUUUUAUCAUGGGUCUAUGUUCUUCCCUUUGAUGCAAAAGAUUGGAUGAAGAGUAAAAGUGGGGUAAGAUCCUCUUUUCUUAAUGGCCUCUGUUUUCCGAGAGGGGGGUGGGGAGGCAGACAAGUGAGCACGGGCCCCAGAAUAAUACACCAGUUCGGUUUCGCGCGUGUGUGGGAUCCCUUCUAUUGUUGUUGCGCUUAUCUUAAAGAUAAUGUGUUAACAAAUUGUCAAACCCUAAUGAGUGUUUAUUUUGAACUCAAGGAGAGUAGAAUCCCUUACUUCCGCUUAAACUUGGAAAAUAGAGGGUAA